GGCGCAGUGAGGUACCGGAAUGGAUCAACUCCAUGAUUGCGGCUUGGCCUGAGCUACCAGAUUGUAGGGUAACAUAGCCAUGGCCAAAGUCUCCAUUGCCGGCCUUGCUACCAACCGUCUAUUCUUUCCUCCUUAUAUACCGCUCGCUUCCUCUCAAACAACCAACCCCUUUUCCACAACUGUAACUCGCUACACCACCAUGGCUGCCACUCCUCUCAACCCCCAACCUCACCCUUCUCUCCAUGUCAGCGGCGGAGCUCUAGAUUCAUUCCUUCCAGCUUUCAAGACUCUGGACCAUCCCUACGAUUCCUAUCCCCUGGUUGCUUCCAAUCGCCACAUCGAAACUAUCUUCGCCUCUAAGUUCCGAUCAGUCCCAGAUGUGAGGUUCCGACGUGAGUGUCUCAGGACCAAAGAUAACGGCACCGUCGCCCUUGAUUGGGUCGCCGGUGACGAUCGCAGCUUGUCCCCCAAUUCCCCUACCCUCAUUUUGCUGCCGGGUUUGACAGGUGGAAGUGGGGAUUCAUACGUAAGGCAUAUGCUGCUGAGAGCAAGAAGAAAGGGGUGGCGAGUUGUGGUGUUCAACAGCCGUGGUUGUGGUAAUAGCCCUGUCACAACACCACAGUUCUAUUCGGCAUCAUUUUUGGGAGAUAUUGGUCAAGUAGUAGCACAUGUUUCCUCUCGAUACCCAGAUGCAAAUUUAUAUGCUGCUGGUUGGUCUCUUGGAGCAAACAUUCUUGUUCGGUAUUUGGCUCAGGAAUCUGAUAGUUGUCUCCUUUCUGGUGCUGUGUCUUUGUGUAAUCCUUUUAAUUUGGUCAUUGCUGAUGAGGACUUCCACAAGGGUUUUAACAUAGUUUAUGACAGAGCUCUUUCAGCUUCACUGCGCAGAAUCUUCUCAAGACAUGCUCCUCUAUUUGAAGAAAUUAAUGGCGAUUAUAACAUCCCAGCAGCUGCCAAUUGCAAAUCCGUUAGGGAAUUCGAUGAAGCAUUGACACGAGUCUCUUUUGGUUUUAAGUCGGUGGAUGAAUACUACCAAAAAUCAAGCAGCUCGGAUUCUAUAAAGAAUGUAACUACACCUUUGCUUUGCAUCCAGGCAGCAAAUGACCCCAUCGCCCCUGCUAGAGGAAUCCCUUGCGAAGAUAUCAGGGAGAACUCAAACUGUAUGUUGAUAGUUACACCUGAAGGUGGGCAUUUAGGGUGGAUUGCAGGCAAUGAGGCACCUUUUGGAGCUCCUUGGACAGAUCCUGUGGUGAUGGAUUUUCUGGAACAUCUAGUAAGAACAAAAUCCAUCUCUGUUUCUUAUUCUUCAAAAUCUAAGGAAAAUAAGCACACAUUGCCAACAAGUGUAAAGUAAAGAUGGCAUCUUUUAUCAAGAAAAUACAUACAUUCUUGACUUGGAUCCGAGGACAUUGAGGGCACAAUCUAAUACGGUAAAAUGAUCGCUGUCGUCGUGAUAUGUUUUGCCAAUAUAAUUAAGUUCAUGGGAUUUAUUUGGAACUUUUUGUUUGAAGUGAUU